UGGCAAUUGAUGAUUUACUCCUAAUUUUUACGCGCGCAACUUAGAAUGCCAAGUUUGAUUGUAACCGGAAAGCAGCUCAAACCAACAUUGAGAUGCUAAAUAUGAAAAAGGAAAAAAUGUUAAUCAUAAAUAAUAAUUGGCUUAUAGAAAAAGCCGGAAAUAACGGAGAGAGAUUCGGACUCAACACCGACAACCCGACCCACAAUCAUUCCUCUGUUACUGUUUCUUCCCACCACAAAGCUAUUGUCACCGUCGUUUACAGAUCCGAUCUCACAACACUUUCCUUAUAUCCAAGCUCAUACUCCCUCGGUUCUCUACUAUUUUUUCUUCUUUUUUUUCUGCUUGAACUCUUUUUCUUACAUGUAAACUACAUAAACAAACUCUUUGUUUAUGAUCCGUUAUAUUAUCAGCAACAAUGUCAUCAUUCUUGCACCAAAGACCCAUCCAGAAUCCAUUCUCAAACGCCCUCCUAAUCUCCCCACGUUCUUCAUCAACCUCUCAAAGACCUAUCUCGAUCUUCAGCCCAACAGGCCUAAUUUUUCUCCUCUCUCUCAUGGUAAUCCUCGGAGUAUUCGUACCCUGGUCAGGAAUGACGCAAUCCAUGUCCUCUAACUCAAAUAGGCCCUCUUCUAUUUCCAAAUGGAAAGAUUACUCUUUGGCUGAAGCCGCAUCGUUCGUCGCCAAAAAUGGUACCGUAAUUGUCUGCGCCGUGAGCCAACCUUACUUGCCUUUUCUCAAUAAUUGGUUGAUUAGUAUUACAAGACAAAAGCACCAAGAGAAAGUCCUUGUGAUUGCUGAAGAUUAUGCAACUCUUUAUAAGGUUAAUAAAAAUUGGCCUGGCCAUGCCGUGCUAGUCCCACCCGCACCUGAUUCACAAACUGUCCAUAAAUUUGGCUCUCAGGGAUUCUUCAAUUUUACUUCCAGGAGGCCUCGGCAUUUGUUGCAAAUUUUGGAGCUUGGGUAUAAUGUUAUGUAUAAUGAUGUUGAUAUGGUGUGGUUGGGAGAUCCCUUUCAUUAUUUGGAAGGAAACCAUGAUGUUUACUUUACUGAUGACAUGGCUGCGGUGAAGCCUCUGAACCAUUCCCAUGGUUUGCCACCUCCAGGGAAAAAGGGUCGUACUUAUAUAUGUAGUUGCAUGAUUUUCCUGCGUCCCACAGAUGGAGCAAAACUAGUUAUGAAGAAUUGGAUUGAGGAGCUUCAAGCCCAGCCAUGGUCCAAAGCAAAGAAAGCAAAUGAUCAGCCUGCUUUUAACUGGGCACUAAACAGAACUGCUGGAUUGGUGGAUCUCUACCUGCUUCCCCAGACAGCAUUCCCAACGGGAGGAUUAUACUUCAAGAACCAGACAUGGGUCCAGCAAACCAAGGGAAUGCACGUCAUAAUUCAUAAUAAUUAUAUCACAGGUUUUGAGAAGAAGAUCAAGCGCUUUCGAGACUAUGGCCUUUGGUUGGUUGAUGAUCAUAAGCUUGAGUCCCCACUAGGAAGAUUAUGAAAAUUUUGGAAUUUGGAAGACCUUAUGCUUGCUUUCUGCAGAACCAAUUACAACCUCAAUGACCAUGUAAGAUGUGGAGCAUACCAUUUUUAUCAUCUUCCUUCAAUAUCAUCUGCUUCUAUGCUCUCAAAUUAACAUGGAUCAUUAGUAGCUGACAGUGCAGAUGGACAUGAAUCAUCAGCAGCUAACAGCGCUCAUUUCCUGAGCAAAUUGUAAUAUUUAAAUAGGGUUCAAUCAGAACAAAGUCCAAAUAUUUUGUUGGAAAUUACUAUUCUAACAUUCCUUCCUGACCUGAUGGAUCAAUCAGUUUUUGUCACAAUGUUAUUUCCUUGAUAUUAUGCAAAUGCAAUUUGUUCUGUUGUAUAAAGUCUGUAUCUCAGUUAACAACUCUUAAACAUUACAGACAAUUCUUUGUUAGCUUCGCCAAAGUCUCCGGAGUGCCGAAGGCCAAACAAACAAAUGGCACCAUGUUUUAUCGGUUAAAAACUGGCUGGAGUUCUGGAAUCUAUGCUACAUGGACAGGGCACAAAAAACGGUGUGCGGCUAUGCGGCGUCAUUAAAAGUUGCUGUUGCUUCAGACUUACGUUUGUUGAGAAAAGCAUUAACCAACAAGGGAUCUGAUUGCUAAUAUAGUACGGCCGCUUUCUCUUCAAGAGUUCAGGAAAGAAAAUCGAGAUUUGCGUUUGCCGGGAGUCGAACCCGGGUCUAUUGCUUGGAAGGCAAUUAUCCUAACCGUUGGACUACAAACGCGUGGUUGCGUUGAAAGGCCAGAACAAUCUAUAAGUCUAAUUAUUUGUGAAGUGUCGGCCUAACAAUAAAUAAAAA